UUCAAAUAUUUCUUUACAGGCUUUACAGUUCUGUCUUUCUUGCAUUUCAUUCUACAAAGACAAAAACAUUUACCAGUACAUUCAUUCCAUGUAAAUUGGUAGUAUUUCCCCUCUAGCUGUUCUAUAAAAACUAAAUUGUUCUUGAACUGUUUUUGAAAUUUAGUACAGAGGAAGCCACAAGACCCAUAAUGAGGACAUGAAAAAACAUGUACAUAAUACAAAUAACAAGAGAUAUUUUUGCCUGAUAUUCAGAUGUCAUUUGAAAAGGAGGAAGUAGGUUGAAUGCUUGUCGGUUAUGCUGACUGUAUUAAUUCUACAGGGUGUACUUAAAUGAAACUAUUAAUACAUGUAGUAAUAAACCAUUGGAUUAAAUGUGAUUACUAUUAACUUCAUAUAUUAACAUCGGUGUUGUAUGUAAGGCAUUCUAUAUCAGCUGACCUUUGAAGUAAGUGUGAAAGUUUUGUAAACAAACUUGUAAACAUUAUAUAGGGGUCUGUGGUAUAUUGGAAUUAUGAAAGAUAAAGCAAUGGCAUCGACAUGGAUUGUACUUACAUUUUCCCUGCUUUGGGUAAAUGUUUGCGUUAGUUGUUGGCCGUCACAACCUUUUCAAUCUCGGACACCAAAAAUUAAGGUCAGGCCAGAUGGACAUUUCGUGGAUCCUCAGGGACGGGUGAGAAUGUUCCAUGGAUUUAAUAAAGUUGAGAAAGGAUUCCCUUGGUACCCUGCUUCGUUGCUGAAUGAAACCAGGUUGAAAUUGUAUGAAGAUUGGGGCUUUAACGCUGUUCGGCUUGGUACAAUGUGGGCAGGAGCCUACCCUGCAAAAGAUCAAGUAAACCAGACCUAUAUGAACACUCUCGGGGAAAUCAUUGACAAACUAGGCAACCAUGGCAUGUACAGUAUUCUAGACAUGCAUCAAGAUGUCCUCACGUCAAAGUACAAAGCAUACGAUGGUGUUCCUUUAUGGUUGAUUGACAUGUUUCCCGAGCCAAAACACAGCUACCCAUGGCCUCUUCCUAGUAUCUCUCAAUGGGCGGAGGGGUAUCUUACAGAGGCUGUCAGUUCAGCUUUCGGUUGCCUUUAUAACAACACCAAUGGGGCUUUGAAUUAUUAUACUGAUUUUUGGAAGACUGUAGCGAGACAAUACAUGAAUAAGGAUAGUGUUCUAGCAUAUGAGUUGAUGAAUGAACCAUGGGCGGGAGACAUAUAUGAAGACCCUACAUUAAUCCUACCAGGUCGUGCAGGUUUCAAAAACCUUCUCCCUAUGUGGGACUGGUUAGCUGACGGUAUUCGUAAAGUGGACGAAAAUACCAUAAUUAUGUAUGAGCCAGUCACAUGGGCCAUAUACUUACAUACAGAGGGUUUUGGAACCGGAUUUGGUCAUGUUCCCGGAGGGUACACUUACAAGGAUCGUUCCGCAUUGUCGUAUCAUUACUACUGCCAAAUUCUCUCCCCCGGUGAUGACCACAAGCCGUAUCCCCACUGGAAACAACUCGUGUGUGAUGAAGUCCUCCUUGAACAAAUGUUCCAGGUGAUCAAGGAAUCUAUUAAUGAUACUGGAGGUGGUGGAUUCCUUACAGAAUUUGGCCAGGAUACUCCAGAUAGCAGCGCCAAUCAUACAAGCACUGAAGAGAUGUCUACUGUAUUGGAUCAUGCAGAUAAAAACUUACAGUCAUGGACUUAUUGGGAUUCCCAGUUCUUCUGGCCAAAUGGGACUGUAGAUUAUAAUGUUGUGAAGUUGUUCUCACGAACAUAUGCCCAGGCCAUCGCAGGCACUCCAACCUUUCAAAAAUUUGAUUUCCUUACUGGGGACUACACAUUUGAGUAUAUGCAUGAUCCUACUAUCAAUGCACCCACAGAGUUGUAUGUGCCAACCCUGCACUAUCCCAUUGGCUUUAACGUUACCCUAACCCCAGGCUUAAAGUGGAGUUAUGAAGCCAAAGUUCAGCGUAUGUUGAUCACUUUACAUAGUAAUGAUAUCAUAGACGGACCAAUGGUUCCAGUUUCACUGAAAAUUAAGGCGAAGUAGAACAGUACUUUGAGUCUAUGAGAAAAAGUGAUCAGAUUGAGAAGUGUUCACAUUAGCGAGGUAUCGGAUCUACAUGUUUCACCAAAAAUAUAGUAUUAUACAGAUGGUUGUUCAUAGACAAGUCAUAUAU